AUGAACAUCACCAUCAGCGUCCCAGAAGGCUCAAGUAGUCAUGGCGACCCAUACCUCCUCUGUACGCCUCCGCAAUGGUACGAAUACAUCUUGUUCUUCUUGACCAACUAUCUCGCCCAUGCUACGACCAUUGUCUCCAUUCCAGGGCAAAGCACCACGGAGACAAUAUGUUUAGCCAUUGCAGCGCUCCUUGUGCCAUCGAGCGGUAUCAUGCGAGCUGUUGAAAUCUUCAUCAGACGGCCGGUGUUUCGAAGGAAAAACCCGCUGAAUCAAGCUGCUGCUGCGAUGGCGUUGUGUAUGGUGGUGAAAAUGCGCCGGGAUGAGAAUGGGGAGAAUCCAGUUAUUGAUUCGACCAAGUAUAAAUGGAUGAAGAAUCUUUCGCUUGUUCGUGAACGGGCAAAAGUCCACGGUCAAAGUCACCUCCCCGAGGGAUAUGUGCUUGCGUAUGUUCCUGGUUCGGUUGAGUUGUCGUGCCGGGAGAGGAAGACGGAAGACCUUGAGCAAGGAGAGGCGAAGAAUGCGGCAGCGAGCACAGCAGAAAUCCCAGCCGAGAAUAAAGCCGAGGAUACACAGCAGAACGCUGCAGGAAACACUUCGGAGAACAAAUCGGAGAAUGCGCCGGAGAACAAAGCAGAAAGAGAACGAAUCAUAGGAAACCUAGCAGCCUCAUUCAAUAUCCCAAAAGCCGUUAUCAGUUUAGCCCAAGCCAUCUGGGCAAUUAUAACUCUGUACCGCGCACGCGGCAACCAAAUUGAUCAAUACGGAUACGCUGCAUUUGGCCUAACAGUCGCUCCCUACGCCUACAUGUCCAUUAUCAAUCUACUCGCAACCUGCGCCACGCCCGAAUACCCCGCCAUAUACAUGGUCCGAACUUCACUCAUGAACGAAGCCGAAGCAAACGGCGCCGUGAUCGUCGGAGAAGUCGCAGAUCUCGAUCUGGACCAUGUUAACUUGAAGGAAGACCAAAACAAAGACAAUGACAAAGACAAUCUUGGACUCCAAGUGUGGUUGGGAACUCUCCUUUCGCUCCCCCCGCUUGCAGUUGUUGGGGCGCUGUCACGGUUUUCGGCGGGGAGCAGUUCUAAUCUUGAGCGGGGAUUUACAAUGGCUUGGUUGGCGACUGGAACUGUCGGCGGACUCUGGCUGUAUUUUGGGAUGUUAGGUAUGUUCGAGGGUGAGGCAGAAAAGGAUCGGGAUCUCUCGACGACGGAGAAAUCUUUUGUCAUUGUGAUAGCAUUUGUGCUUUGCUUUGCCAUUCCGCUGGCUGCUCCGGCUGUGGGGGGGUUUGUGGUUGUGGCGAAGAUGCUGAGGGAGUAUGGGGUUUGUACUCGUCUGUCUUAG